UGGGCCACCCGGCCGGCGGGUGCUGAGGGCAGCGCAGGGGGAUGCCGACGGGGGGGGGGGCUGCUGUGCGGGGCCAGCGGCCUGGCCCUGCUCCUGGCCGCCACGGCCACCCACUUCUGGCUGCAGCGCCGGGCGCCCGGUGGCACCGCCAGCCUCGGGCUGUGGCACGUCUGCCUCGGGGGACACUGCCAGCCCCAGCCCGGCACCCCGGCCUUAUGGGAGGCCACGCGGGUGCUGAUGCUGCUCUCGGUGCUCACCGCCGCUGCCGGCCUCGCCCUGGGGCUCUCCGCUGUGGCCAGCACUGCCCGGCGGGUGCGUGCCCGCGUGGCCGGCAUCACCCUGCUCCUGGCUGGUCUGCUGGCGCUGCUGGGGCUGGCGGUGUACACGGCCGGCACGCUGAGCCUGCUGGGGCCGGCCCGCACCGCCUGGCGCUUCUCCUGGUCCUACAUCCUGGGCUGGGUCGCCGUCGUCCUCAUCGGCUCAGCAGGACUUUUCCACCUCUGUGCUGCCGCCAAGGACCCGUCUCCGGAGAGUUCUGAGGUGGCGGGUGCCUGAGGGGCCCCGGGCACCUCGGGGAGCCCCCGCUCCCCCCUUGCCCCCACCAUCCUCCCCACGGGAGGCGGGUGGGGGCACCCCGGAGUGCGGGUCACUGCUGUGUUGAGUUGUGCCCAGUCACUGCUGUGCUGAGUUGUGCCCGGUCUCUGCAGGGUUGAGCUCCCGCUGCGCUCUCUCCCCCCCCCACCCGCCUCACCCCCUUUCGUCCCCCCCCCCCCGACUCUUGCUGUGACAAUAAACUGCCAUCCCCCCCUCACAC